AAGUGUGAGUAUAACUAUUACAUAUCGAUCUUGCGGUAUCGCCUUACGGCACGGCGUCGAAAUUUCUCGAUUCACGCAGAAACGAAGUUUCUAGAAAUUGAAACAGCAGUUUGGCGAGUUCAUAUUCAUUUCAACAUGGCCGAUCAUGAAAUUACUAAGAAAAUCAGCGAAUCUUACAACGACCUCGUUUUGAGCUGUGAUUUUGUCUGUAACGUCAACGAGCCCGACCUGACAGAGGAAGAGAGAGUAAUAGUAAAAAAACUUCACCCUGAAACUAUGAAGAGGUAUCACGGGUCUGGAUUGGCGAUCCCAUCACAUGUGCAGGGAUGUAAAAUUCUUGAUGUCGGGUCCGGUUCUGGCAGCCUCGUCUUCAUUCUCAGCAAGCUAGUUGGUCCAAAGGGCCACGUGACAGGGGUUGAUAUCGCCUCUAAUAUGACUGACAUCAGCAGAAAAUACAGGAAGUACCACUGCGACCUUUGGGGUUUGUCGCAGCCAAACAUCGAGUUUCACUGCGGCAAUGCGGAACGGCUGAAAGAAGACUUUGGCUUUAAAGAUAACAGUUUUGAUAUCAUCGUGUCAAAUGGUGUACUCUGUCUAUGCCCUAACAAAGAAAAGGUGCUUGCUUCUAUUCAUAGCACCCUGAAGGAAGGUGGCGAAUUUUACCUGAAUGAUGUAUAUAUGCCAGCAAACAAGCCCCAGAAGAGUAUAAGGUUGAUUUUAUGUUUUGGUGUAGGUACAAACCUAGUGUCCAACCACACAAACACUCAGAGGUAA